CUUCGGAUAUUCAUUAGGGUUCGGAUAUCCAAUCUCUCCUAAUUCAACACCCGUUCAGAUAUUUUGCUACUUUGAUUCGGAUUUCAGUUCGGGUUUUUCGGAUCGGGUUCGGGUGCGGCUUCAGAUAUCGGGUAAAGUUUCCACUCCUAGGUGAGCUAGUGGUCUACACAGUCUUUUUUUUUUUUUUUUUUUGGCAUGCUUACAAAUUUCUAGAGAAGAACUUCUCAAAAUCUCGGAAGGUUAUAUAAAUCUUUUAGAUGUCUCAAGGCCCAUGAUCAGCCCAAUAACCCAGCCCGAACUAUGUUGAUUCCUAUUCCGUUUUGCACGGUUCGGAGAUCGCAAAGGGUGAAACUGUAAUUUAAGCAAGAAGCGCAUGAAUGUCAGUUCCUAACAGACGGGUGAGAGACGAAACAUUUAUUAUUUUUAUUUCCUUUUUGUGUGUUCUGUUCUGUUUCUGUCUACCGAGUUUCUUCUUCUCUUCGGCGGGAGAAAAUUGAGACGAUAAUACGACCAUGGAAGAGUCACAUAAAACGACAGCCUUGAAGAAAGCUUACGCGGAGAUUAUCCUAAACACGGCCAAGGAAUCAGCCGCUAGGGUUAUGCUCUCCGACAGAAAAUCAGCUCGCUUUCACCACGAUCUCUCUCAAACCAAGGAGGAAGCUCUUCGUUUGCUUGUCCGAUUGAAACAUAUGAUUGAUGCUAAGACGAUUGAAGGAGAUGUUAUAUCAUCAAACCAGCAACGACAGAUUGAUGUGCUUGAAGCUCAGCUUCACGAGGCUGAAGAUAUUAUUACUGAUCUCAGGUCUGAGGUUAGAUGGGUCAGAGAUAGAUUGGAGAAAGCUAAGGCUUUUGAGUCUCUGGAAGAAGAAGAAGAAACGGUUUAUGUUCAUCCAGAGGUUGUUGUUGAAAGUGUGAAUCCUAGCUCAUUGGAUGAUGUUGAAUGUGAAAAUGAGGAAAAGCAGUUUGAUGGGUUAAGUGUGGUUGAUACUUUACAGGCUUAUGAGUCUCAGGAACGGAACGUUGUGAGCGAGGAGGAAGCAGAAAUGGUUUCUGCUCACAAGGUUGAUCCAGAGGUUCUCGUUGAAAGUUGGAAUCCGAAUCAAGAGGAUCGUGAUGAAUGUGAAGAUGAUGAAAGUUUGGAGAAAGCAAAAGCUUCUGAGUCUCAGGAAAGGAACCUUGUGAACAAGGAAGAAGAAACGGUUUCUACUCACAAGGUUGAUCAAGAGGUUGUUGUUGUUGAGAGUUUGAAACCUGAUAAAGAGGUUGCAGAUACGUGCAAGAUACAUGAUGAAAAGCAGUUCAACGGGUUAGGUGUUGCUAGUUUAAAGGAAAACGAUGAUGUUUGUGAGUCGGAGUUGGAUGGUGAUAUCAGAAUCAAAAAGUUUGAGCUGUCUAGGAAUGGUUGUACACAGAGGAUCCAUGCUUUGGAGAGGAUAUCAUCUUCUUCCGCAGAUGAAGAGGAGCAACAAGGCACAACUGAUAAGGACAGUGAAGAAAGCUUGAGCUCAGGAAAAGCUGGCACUUUGGAGAACACAAGAUGUCUUGUUCUUGCUCUUAGAGCUAGUAGUGCAGAGGUGGUAACAAUACCUUCAAACGCAUUAGGAAUCAAGAAAGCCAGGAAAUUAAGAGGAAGGAGAAAGAGAAGGUUUGGCAAACCAAAAGCUAAAUCGGUUAGGCCUCAAAGUCAGCUUAUAAAGCCUUGUCAAUCUCAGUCUAAUAUUACCUCUUCCAAGACAUCAACUUCAGAUGGCGAAGAAUCCAUGGAGACGCAUCUGUCCGUAGAGAGUGAGGAGGUGGAUGACCUUAAGACCUGUGGAGAGUUGAAAGAACAUUUGCAGCUUAAACGUACUCUAGACAGUGAUGUGUUGGUAAGUUGUGAAGGUGAAGAAGAAAGUGUGGUUCCUUGUACCAAAAUGGCUUCUGAAUCAAAAGUUACUGCAGUAGUAUCAGAUCAAAUCAGUGAGUCUCCUCCAAGAGCCAAUGUAAAUCGACUCUUGAAGUACACAUUCCAAAGGAAACGAAAGAGAGGAUCUGCAGACGAUAGUAAUAACCUUCCAAGGAAACAUCAAGAAAACAAAGCUCAAGACCAAAUUGAAUCUACUUUGAGUAAAUGAAACCAUCUUAUAGGAAACCACACAUCUUAAAUCUUUGUCUGAGAGUUGAUGGUAGACUGGCUAGUCUUUGUGCAAAGGGAACUCUUGAGAACAUAUAGUAAAUAUAUCAACUAAAAUGCUUAAGCUGAGAAGUAUGUACUUAUCUCUCUUGACACCUUAUGGAUUACAUUUUAACUUUUCAGCUUAUUGUGACAACAACCCUAUGUUCUCGAGUCAUUCGAACUUGGAAGAGUGUUUUUACUCAGAGAACCAAAGUUAAUAUCACUC